UGGUUCACAAUGCAUGACGCAGCCGCGGGUCGCUAACAACGGGACAUGUCUGGUGAUGACGUCUCCGUGCUGGAAGUGGUAACGGUCGUCGGAAGGGCGGUGUGCGCAGGCGCGGCGCUGACAGCCGCACUCUACCUGAUCCGCAGAGUGUGUUUAAUAAUGGCCUGGAAAUCCGGAGGAGCGAGCCAUGCAGAGCUCGUCAACAACCUCCGCAAGAAUGGGAUCAUUAAAUCAGACCGCGUAUAUGAAGUUAUGUUGGCCACAGACCGCGCCCACUUCUCCAGAUGUAAUCCAUAUAUGGACUCGCCACAAUCUAUAGGUUAUCAAGCAACAAUCAGUGCACCACAUAUGCAUGCUUAUGCGCUAGAGCUCCUCCAUGACCACCUCUAUGAAGGAGCAAAGGCUCUGGAUGUGGGAUCGGGCUCCGGGAUCCUCUCCGUCUGCUUUUCCAGAAUGGUUGGGCCGACAGGGAAGGUGAUUGGCAUCGAUCAUAUAAAGGAGUUGGUGGAAGACUCUAUAGCUAAUGUCAAGAAAGAUGACCCUAGUUUGAUCACUUCAGGGAGAAUCAAACUCAUCGUUGGUGAUGGAAGAAUGGGUUUUACAGAAGAAGCCCCUUAUGACGCCAUUCAUGUCGGAGCCGCAGCUCCCACAGUGCCACAAGCACUGUUGGACCAGCUGAAGCCAGGCGGACGUCUGAUUCUGCCCGUCGGGCCGGCAGGAGGAAACCAGAUGCUGGAGCAGUAUGACAAGCUGGAGGACGGCAGCACCAAGAUGAAGCCACUGAUGGGCGUGAUUUACGUGCCUUUAACAGACAAAGACAAGCAGUGGUCAAGGUGGAAGUGACUUCUGUCCUCUGUCCCUCUCUCUUCUAGGGCGCAGGUGAAACGGGAUGAACUUUGAAAGGAUGGUCCGGCAAUACUCAUCACACUACAUGUACACACACACACACACACACACAUACACACACACACAAAUGGACUUCACCGAGGAGAGCUUGUAUAAAUGCUCUAUAUCCAUACCUGUGACGGUCAUGAAAGACGGAAGCGUGGAUUAUUUUAUUUAAAAAGGUGGAAUAGGGCUUUGUGCUGAAAAUUUCAUGCCUGCAGUUUGGGAAUUGUGUGAAUGCAGUUUCUUUCUCUUUUUGACGCGCAGGUGCAUUUUUUUCUUGUGAUAACUUCAGUAUUACAGUCAGUUGGAUUGUUCAUGCAUCUCAGCUUGUAAACAGAACACCGGAUCGGCCCUUGUGCUGAAUCCAGCCUGUUAUUAAAACAUAAUUCACCGCUA